UGCGCUCUUCCCUGGUUUCAACCAGCAUCACAUGGGCAUAUCCAGGCUGACCACAUCCGCAGCCCUGAACCUGACACCCUCUUAUAAACCUGUCCCCACCCCAUCCCCUUAACCCGGGUCCCAUCAGACCUGCAGCAUUGCCAUGCUGGGCUGUCUGCUGCGUAGGAGCAUGUCUCACAGACUGAGUGUGUUUCUGGUGGUCUUCGGCCUGGCCUGGUGUCUGCUGCUGCUUCACUACACCAUCACACAACCACAGCGCCAGAGCAGCGCAGAGCUCCGCCAACAGAUCCUCGAGCUCAGCCAUCGCUAUGUCAAAGUGCUUAGCGAGGAGAACCAGAACCCUUCAGGGCCCCAUGGCACCUCCAUGGCAGGAUAUGCUGACUUGAAGAGGACAAUUGCUGUGCUGUUAGAUGAUAUUCUCAGCCGUUUGAUGAAAGUGGAGGCUGCUGUGAAUGCCUCCAUACAGAACAUCUCCCAUCCUGCUGCUGGUGCCGGCACUCUCCUUGCUGCCAGAGUCACUGUUUCCAGGUCCACCAAACAAAAUUUGUCUGCCCACCGGCCAGAGAGACAUAGUAACCCUCUGCACUUCCUGUCACAAUCACAUGACAGGUCACAUAAGCCGCACUCUUUGAAAUAG